AUGGUCAAUGGUCAAGAAGAGAACCCCGCUGAGAACAACCAGAACGGUACUGAUGGUGGACCUACUGAAGAUCAACAUGUGCGAGAAGAUGAGGAACUCCUUGAAUUUACGGGGCUUUGUCUCACAGAUAAACCAUGGGAGCUGUACAGCAGAAGACUAAAUCACGAUCCUAAUGAGACCCCUGAUAGGACGUACUAUGGCAUCAUCGCUGAAAUGAUCAAACAAUAUAGCGAGACCCCAAAGCAUGCGUUUAAUUCCCUAAAGACAGUUGAAGGUCUGGUUACCUUCGACGAACAGUUGGAAGAGGUCGUGGGCUUUGGUUUGGAUAAGAACUCCUUCAAGGCUAUCAUGGAAGCACUUGCGAAGUAG